AUGAAUUCAUUGCUGUUUAAAAAUAAAAUAUCAAAUAAUGAAAUGGAUAAAAUAAAUAAUAAUGAAGCUAUAAUUCCCAUAGAAAAUAAAAGGAUUGUAUUUCCUUUUAAUUUUAAGAAGUAUAUAAUUCAAAACACUCUUUUUAAUAUAGCAAGUCCAUUAAACAUUGAGCAUAAUGAUACCCUAACAAAAAAUUCAAAAAUAUCAAAUAAUAUUUUUUCCCCAAGAAAAAAAAAAGAAAAGUUAAAGAAUGGAAAAGAUACACAAAAAAAAAGAGUAAAUAUUAAAGACAGUAAAAAACUGAAUUAUAACAGAAAUACAUACCCCAAUAAUGUGGAAUUAUUUAAUAAUAAUAAUUUUGAAACUCAAAUUAAUGAUGAAAUUAUGAAAGAAAAUUUUUUUGAAAGAAACUUCCAUUAUAAAUGUUCAAAUUUAGAAAGCAUUCCCAUGGAGGAAGUAAGUAAUAUCUCUGAAAACUAUGAUUAUUUUUCAACAAAUUAUAUGAUUAAAGACAGAGGUUUAAAAAAAUUUCAAGGCAAAAACGUUUCAGAAUUAAAUAAUAGAAAUUGUAAUAUAAAUAAUGUAUAUUCAAAUGAAAGACAAAUAAUCAUUUACAACAAUAUUAAUUUGAUUGAACAUAAUAAUAUUGUAAAUUCAGUAGUAAAUCAUGGAUAUAAAGAAAAAUUUCAAAAUAGUAAAUGGAUAAUGAUGAAAGAUGAUAAAAUGAAAAAGAAAAUAAAGACUUAUCGUGACUUUAGUAUAAAAAUGGAUAAAAAAUUGAAUAAAGAGAGUGUUCCAUAUAUUAAUUGUGAAAAUGAAUUACAAAGAAUUCAACCUUUAUCUUUAAAAGAUAUUGAUACGAUAGUGACAAGAAGCAAUAUAAAACAAGCAAAUGAGGUAGUUGAUAAUUCAAGGCGACAUUUUAGUAUUUCCGGUAAUAUAAGUCCCGUAAUUAGCAAAAAUAUAAAAAAAAGAAAAAAAAAAAAUAUGGGAGCUUGCUUUUUCAAUUUAAAUAACUUUUCAUGUCAAUUUUUAAUAUCAUGUAAUAAGACAUAA